UACUACUGUGUGAGCAGCGGCAGCAGCAUCGAGGAUGUGUGGUACUGCUAUCAACAUCGAGAGAGACACGCGGUAAUGGAUGGAGAACCUUUCUUUGUGUAAUUUCUUCUACAAGCUAUGGACACAGGAGCUCCACUAUGUUUUUAUUGCUGUCAGCGGUGAUCCUGAGUACAGUUACAGAAGCUCUCCGGGUGACUGGAGGAAACAUGGCCGUGAUCCAAGGAGGGAACGUUGUCUUACCCUGCAAACUCACUGACACCACCGAGGACCUCAAUCAGAUUUCAUGGCAGCGGAAGACCAAAGCAAAACCUCUGAAUGAAAAUUUCUUUACCAUCGUACAACAAGGUGGACCAAAGUUUGUCAAUGGACAUGAUCUUCGAUUUAAAUUUGUUGGGAGCAUGAGUGACCUCAAUGGAUCUCUCCAGCUAUCCAAUGUCACUUUGUUUGAUGAAGGCAUCUACACGUGUAUCUUCACUUUGUUCCCCAGCGGAAACCACAUCACAGAGAUACCUCUAAACAUUCUUGUGCCUCCGGUCUCAAGCCUGAAGGAUAAUCAUCCUGCUUUGGGUAAAGAGGAGGUUUCCCUCGGUACCUGCACAGCUGCUGCUUCCAAACCUCCUGCACAGGUGAAGUGGGUAAUUGGUCCUCUGGAAGGAAAAGUGAAUGCAAUAACCAGCUCCACCAAGCAUGACAACGAUACGACCACCACAGUCAGCUCGCUGUUGGGAGUACCAACCAGAGAAAUCAACCAGCGUUUGGUCCAUUGUGUCAUCACCAGUGCAGCCCUGUCGAAAGAAGAAACCCUGCCCUUCACCAUUCAGGUCUACUUCGCACCCAUGGAAGUGACCAUUCGUGAACGAACCAAAGACACAUUUGAAUGUGUGACUGAAGCCAAUCCAAAUGCAGACAUUACCUGGAGCAGAUCAGACAACUCGUGGCCUCAGUCUGCUGUCAGAAUGGAGGAUGCAACGCUACAGUUUCUGAGCAUGACCUCUAACCUGAACGGCCUCUACCAGUGUGAAGCAUCUAACACUUAUGGAUCAAAACGUGGUCAGCUCUAUGUGCAUGUGACUUCAGGGUCCUGCACUGCUGCUUGGACCUUAUUUGGUAUUUUGCUUUUCCUGAAUGUUGCUGCUGCAGUGUGGUAUCUGUAUAAAUCCGGGAAAUUUCCAGGUAUGGGAAAAGGUACAAGCAGAAGGACGCCGGCAGCAGCUGAUGGGGGUCAAGACGGCGUAGCUGAAGCAGUGAGUCUACAUGCAGAAGUAGAGUAAACAUACAAUAUUUAAAUUGUUACAGUGAAUUCUGGCUCUUUUUUUUAAUCUCCCUCAAAGUUAAAUAUGUGUGCCUGCAAGUAGAGCUUUCAGUUAGGUUAACAGCCUUUCCCUUAGUGACAGCUGUCUGUAGGAUGUGGCUUUUAACCACCUGCUUUUAACAGCAACAGCUUUAACUGUCAAAGUCACUGAGGGCAUACGUACGUUUGCCCAACAGCAUUAACUGCUGACAAUAGCCGAUUAUGAAGUAUAUUUACAUGCACACAAGAAACUUGCUUACCCUCAAAAUUCAGUUCUUCUUCCAUCCUGGUGCUAUUACAGAGAUACUUUCUCUUGUCAUGAGUUUUGUGUAUAUAGGCCUAUGGCCAAGAAACGAUGAUAUCUUUUUUUUUUAUCUUGUUUUAUCACUAAACAUCACAUCUUAUUUUAGUAGACUAGUAGCCUAUUGACAUGCUCUCAAUGUAUGAUCCCAAUGAACACACACAACAGUUGCUUUGUGCUGCUGAAAUAUUCUCUAACUACUGUCGAAUGUGUCCUUUUAUAAGCAAGAGAAAAAAAUAUUUAUAUUCCCUCUACAGCAGUGUGUAUGCCACGAACUUAUCACAUGGGGUUUUUAUUUUGGUAUUUAUUUAUUUUGGUCAUAAAAAUAUCCGUAAUGUUUUGUGUUGGGCAGUUUUAAUCAUUCCAACAUUAGUGUUAUGCAGUUGUUGUAUUUGAGCUCUAUGUUUUGGGUAAACUUACUGAACUCAAAGUCAGCCAUGUUCAUUGAUGGUCAAAAUGAAUUUCUGUUACAAAUGCUGCAAAUAUUGUCAAGACAUUUCACUAUGAACCAGUAUCAACCUGCUAACAGAGGAAACUUUAGGGGGCCACUAAAGUCGCCCCCCUUGUGGCCCAAUUGUUGAAAAAUGCGUGCUAAAGUGUCCUAUUGGGAGCCAAAACUCGCUAAAGUGUCCUAUUGGGAGGCCAAAAAAAGUGUGCUAAAGUGCCCUCCUGGUUGGCAAAAUACACUAAACUGUCCUCUUCUAAGUUCUAUUAUUAGGUAGAGAGGCUGCCUAAAAGAGGUGCUAAUAUGGUGUUAAAAUGCAAUGUAAAAGUGCCCUCUACAGUGGUGAGGACGCGCUUUAUGUGCCCUUUUUUUUUCUUUCCGCCCCUGCCCUUCAAAAAGUCUGUGCACGCCACUGAUCAGAACAUUGUACUGUAGUGCUCAAAAACUCAUUUUAAAGCCUUUUAAUCACAGUACAAGCAAAAUAAACUUCAGAUAUAAUAUUUUUUUCCAGUGUGGAGCAAUAAUUCGCCUGUGCCUUACCCCUCCUUCACACACUCGCCACACAUUAAAGUGGCCAGUUUCCCAUAUUGUUGGAAAAUCUUAUAGCACAAAAAUGGUCAAUUGUAUUACUAAUAAACCCCAAAAUACAAUGUGUGCUUAUUUCUAUUGCUGAAUGUGUUUAAUUAGUCGCUGCAACAUUAAGGUCAACAGCUGUGUUUUUUUUUCUUGCAGAGCAUUAGUGUGAUGCAAAAAAACAACGUUUCAGAGAGGCAGCUUAUUUUCUUGAGAUUGUGUUUUUUUGUGUGUUUUAUAGUGUGCACUGAUUAACAUUUGACUGUUUACUACCAUUUAUGUUACUUUUUCUUUCUGUAAAAUUUUUAGAGAUAAUAAGGUAUUUGGUACACAUUUAUUUGUUGUGCUUUUUGAUGUUAAACUCUUGCAUUCUUUGUUUUUUAAUAAAACAUUUUUUUUGCUGGAAACGUUUAAUCCAAGAGUAGUUUCCCUUUGCCCCGUGUUGUAAUUAAAGAUAGACAAACAUUAAA